AUGGCCAUCCUCCCGGGAGCCCAGGAAGGCAUCCACGAGGGAGCUCCUGGCCAGCAGCUGCCUUCCUCUCGGACCAGCCAGCUGCCUCUGCCCAGCCAGCCCUGCGCUCCCCACCCUGACAGUGAGCUGCGUCCUCAUCCCCCAACCCCCUUCCCGGUCAAGGUGGUGGCCUGGACCGCUCCACCUCGCCGUCCACUUCCAGUGAGGAGAGCCAGCCGGGAGGUCAGUGCCAGAGCCCUGGUGGAGCCCAGACCCUGCUUCCCCUUGAGGGCCACCCCUGUCGCCGCCCUGGGGUCCCUGCCUUCCUAUCCUGACUCCUGCCCCAGGGCCACCACCCCUGAACUGUGCCCUGGGGCCACCACCCUCCACCCGGCCGACUCCAGCUCUGGGCCUGUCAGUCCACCUGGGUCCUCUCUGGGCCCUGAGUGCCUGGACCCUCUGUGCCAAGCACCAGCAAGUGAAGGGGAUGACCUCGGGCACCCCCAAGGUGCCGAGACUACAGCCAGUGAGCCCCUGCUGGGGGCCGUGGCCGUGGAGGGUGCCUGGGCCCUUCCAACCUGGAAGGAGGAGGGGGGAGAGCAGACAGCGGGGCAGGGGGAAGAGGAGUGCCCGAUCUGCACAGAGCCCUACGGGCCUAGAGAGCACCGCCUGGCCCUGCUGAACUGUGGCCACGGCCUGUGUGCAGGCUGCCUGCACAGGCUGCUGGGAUCGGCCCCCAGUGCUGACCUGGGCCAGGUGCGCUGCCCGCUGUGCCGCCAGAAGACGCCCAUGUUGGAGUGGGAGAUCUGCCGGCUGCAGGAGGAGCUGCUACAGGCCGACAGGCCCUCACGCCAGCCCCGCAGAGAGGCCCCUGCACCCCAGCACCGCAACCCUGGGCCCUGGGGCUCCCUGGAGCACCGCUACCAGCUGCGCUUCCUGGCAGGGCCCGUGGGUGGCCGGGGCUGCCUGCCCUUCCUGCCCUGUCCACCCUGCCUGGGUGCCCGGCUCUGGGCUCUGCGGGAGCAGGGACCCUGUGCCCGCCGCCUGGCGCUGCUGAGCCUGCUGGCUCUUGAGCUUCUGGGGCUGCUGCUGGCCUUCACGCCACUCCUGCUGCUGGGACUGCUCUUCAUGCUCCUGGAUCGCUCCGGCCGCUGAGCAGAGCCCAGGACAGCCCUGACGCCAACAGGCCAGGGGGCCCAGACUGGCCCAUGUCCCAAUGCCUGGGUGCUAUGAGGCCUGAUGACCAGGCUGGAAAAACCCAAGGUUGGGUCCAGGGCGGUGGCCUUCAAUCAAGACCUCCCAUUGCUGAACCCACAACCAGGGCUACCCAGAGGCCUGACCCUGCCAGAGUCCAUGGCUGCACUGCUGCCCAGACACUAGCUGAACCCAAGGACACCAGUGCCCAAGGACAGCUCCUGGAGGAGGCCGGCCCAGCAGGAAGGUCUGCGAGCAGGACCCCAUUCACCCUGCGGUAGACGGGCACCGUACCGGCCACGGGCUGACGCUGGCCACACUUCCCCCUCCGAGGGCCAGCCGAGCACAGCAGGCACGAAGGUGAACAGAGAUAUAGCAGUGAGUCAGUUCCUUGGAGAGGGCAGAGACUCCACCCACCCUGUGUUCAGAUAAGGGCCAGCGUGUGUCCCUGAAGGUCAGGCCAGCUGGGGGAGGGGCCCAUGCUGUGAAAAUUCAGCCUGCAAAGGUUCCUCUCCCCACGUGGUCAGGCCCAGACCAGCUGGGGGUUGGCGCUGGCCUGUGUUGCAGGGGACAAGGGCCCACCCAGGCCUUGGAACAUAAGCUCUGCCCCUGCACACCCUCAUGUCGCCACGCCUGGGAUGGAGACAUCGGGUGGCCCAGCGAGAGAUGGAGCACUGAGCCUUGAACAUGAAGCAGCUUUCAAUAAACCAGCUCCUGGGGAU